AUCAAAAUAGUCUGGGUAUAGUGGGUAUACAUAUAUCAGUCAUGCAAUAACGAAACGCAACCAAAUACACGUUUCAUUUCACGCAUGACUAUGUAUUUUAUGAAAAAAAAAAAGUUUUAUCCACUUGUUUGUUUUGUUAACUGUCGUUGUAUUAGUAAAUUACAACAAUGUAAAACUAUUGCAUAAUUGAAAAAAAAUAAUUUUAUACUACUUUCAUGUCAUGUCAUGCUAUUGUAAAAUCUGUAAAGUCAUUAUCGUCACUAGAAAAAGCGGCAAAUUUAAAAAAAAAGAGGCGCCAAUGUUUUUUUUUUUUAAUGGCAUCGCGCUCCUGGCGCAUUCAGCCAGCCGAGUAAAACGGGGGAAUUAGGGAUUUAGAAAAAAAACGGGACGGAGGAAGUUUUGAAAAAGGAUCAGGAAAAGUGCUUCGACAUCUGUACCACCAAGAUAAUGCGAGGAGACCAGUCCACAGGCGCCAUCAUCCACCCGUUCCUCUACGAGCACUAUUGGACUAGGGAACCUAGCGUCUGCUCCUUGUGGAUGCAUCUAGACAAUGACUACUUACAGUUUAUGUCUGACAAGUUCUCUUAUACUGGUGACCGUUUUUUAGCCAUGGAACCAAUGGAACGAACCGGAGAAUGCAAGAUGGUGGGCCUUCUCGUUGCCAAUAAGAUCUUUCCCUGGGAGCCGAAAGAACUUGAGGAGUGGGCUGACGCUACAUGCUCGGUGCCGGAGAGGAGCCGCAUGUAUUUCUACGCAAAUUGUUACACCAGCCCCAACUUAUGGAAGAAGUAUAACGUGGAAUAUAUUUAUGAGAUCCAAGUGUUAACAACGGCUUCAGAGGUGACAAGCCGCGGCGUAGGAACGUUGUUGCUGAAAUACGCCCUGAAAGAGGCCUUACUGUUGCGUCAUCCUCUCAUACAGCUCAUCUCGACGAAUGCUUAUGUUCCAAAAAUAUGCGAACGAUGCGGAAUGAAGAAGGAAUGGUCAAUGAACUUCUCAGAAUUCGUGGACUGCUUCGGCCAGAGUAUAUUCUACCCUCGGACUCCUCAUACAGAGUGCAGCAUCUACAUUAAGAAGUUUGAUCAGAGAGAGGCUGCCGCUAUGCCGUGUUUGCCAGAAGUGUACUAGGUGCGGUCAAAAUAUAUGGGCAGGUUUAUUUCUAGGUCCAAGUAUAUUUCUUAAUUAAAUUAUUUUCAUAGAAUAGUUAUUUGUUUUACAAGGGGGCAAAGUAGUUGUUUAACCGCACGUGCCAAUAUUGAUACCCAAGCAAGCGAAAGAUUCCGAUAUUGAACCGCGAGCGUAGCGAGUGGUUCAAAAAGUGGAACCUUGAGCGUUGCUAGGGUUUCAAGGUAAUAAGGUCAAACAAACUGCCACCGAGUGAAACACAAAAUUUUUCACCACACCAACACGAACAAAAUACUGACUAUAAAACAUCAAA